UUCUUUUCUUUUCUUUUUUUUUUUUUCCCUCUUCGAAUCGUAAGACGGUCGAACGAACGUAUGCCACGACCCAACACCCUUCCACUCGCCGAAGAGUGGACUGAUCCUGAUGCCUACGUUGAUGCCCUUCUGUCCUUUGCUACCUCAUCCGAUAUUUUCCGGCAUCUUUGCGGCGGCGUGCAUAUUUUGGACUUUCUGACGCGCGAACCGGAUCUCUAUACGUCGCUUCUCCCCGAACAUUGGCGAGCGUUCUUCGACCUCCACGAUGUUCAGGACCUCUUAGAUUUGUUCCUGAGGGAGGACCUCCAGAAACUCUUGAAUCAAAGCAGGGAACAUGCCGCGGGUGGAGGAAAUCCGGAUGCGCGACAGGAGUGGAGGGGAGUUCCCUUACCUCCGACAGAUCUCCUUGAAUAUCUCUACCAGGUCCGACGGCUUAGUAUGGGGCGAGAUUUUCGACCCCCACAGCCUGGGAAACCAACGCUACCGAGACACAUAUCAGUGGGGAUGAAUGUCAAAAAGUACCAUGAGGUAGCACACUUUUCGAGAUACGUCGACUCUCUGUGCGCAACAGUAGAUGAGCAGCGGGCUGAUAACAUAACACACAUCGUGGAUUUUGGGUCGGGUCAAAGCUAUCUUGGUCGGACACUUGCCAGUCCCCCAUACAAUCGGCAUAUCGUUGCUAUUGAGAGAAAACAUCAAUUCAUCAAUGGCGCGAAGGGCUUUGAUAUCUUUGCGAAACUAAAGGAGAAGAAACAAAUCAGGUUGUACAAUAAGAAGAAGGCAACCUGCAGGGACUGCGAGGAAGCCGAAAAGCCGGUGGCGUCAAAUGACAAUGCUUCUCUUUGUGAAUCAGAAGUAGCGGAGAAAAUACUAAGUGAGGACAGCGCAGAGCCAAACGUGGAUGACGAGGAGGUUGCCAUGAUAAACGUCUUCCGUGAUAUCAGUCUUGCGCCUAAUGAGAUCGGUUUGGCUCCGCAUCGGAAUAAUCCUAAUAAGAAAUCGGCUACUGCUAAGAACCUAGAUGCGGAUGGACCGAGAGGCAAAAUGGAUUACAUUGAACACGAAAUCAAGGAUGGGUAUCUGGAGCCGAUCAUAAAGGACGUAAUUGAGACUUCGCCUGUGGAACUGGAGGAAGGCUCAAUUAGCGUCGAGCAGGAUAGCAGCGGAAAAUCGGAGGAUGCGCGAGUUAUGGUUAUCUCCUUACAUUCUUGUGGCAAUCUUGUCCACCAUGGGGUUCGAUCUUUAGUUUUGAACCCAUCCGUGAAAGCCAUCGCCAUGAUUGGUUGCUGUUAUAACUUGGUGACUGAAAGACUUGGCCCUGCUACAUAUAAAAUCCCUAUUCUUCGAACCAUGCACCCUCGUCUGACUCAGGAUGCUAUCGCAUAUGACCCACAUGGCUUUCCUAUGUCAAAACGGCUGGAAGACUACGAACAUGACAGUGGAAAAGGCGUGAAGCUGAACAUCACAGCAAGGUCGAUGUCUGUACAGGCGCCGUACAACUGGGGCAGGGAGGACAGCGAGAACUUUUUCACUCGUCACUUUUAUCGGAGUCUCCUCCAGCGAGUCCUGGUAGACCGCGGGGUGGUUGCCAAGCCCUCCAUACCAAAGGAUUUGUACGGCACCGACUCCUUGGAUUCUAGCGAAGCGGGAAACCCUCUCAUCGUCGGCUCCCUACGAAAGUCCGCUUUCACUUCAUUUUCCGCCUAUGCUCGCGCUGCGGUAGCCAAGUUGAGCCGAGAUCCUCAGAACGGGGAGAAGGUGAAAGCAGGGAUGGCUGAUAUUACCGAGGAGGAGCUAGACGAUUACGCGACGAAGUACUGGCAUACGAAGAAGUACCUCAGCAUUGUUUGGAGCUUGAUGGCCUAUAGUUCUUCUCUGGUGGAGGCAAUCAUCGUUGUUGAUCGAUGGCAGUUCCUGCGUGAGCACGACAAUGUCAAGGACUGCUGGGUGGAGCCUGUGUUCGACUAUAGCGAAAGCCCAAGAAACCUGGCCGUCAUCGGUAUCAAGAAGUGAAACCUUCCGAGCUUCAUCGAUACCUAUCGCGACCUGUGCAUCCGGCUCUCAUGCCAUACGACCCUGUCCGGCUAUGUUUCAUUCCGCGAAGACAGUACGACGACCCGGUUCCGAACGAAGGUCUUUUUUACUGUCGUCUGUUUAGGGCGACUUGGCAUAUGCGGAUGACUCGCAUCCGGCAACGAUCUAGACCGGCUUCAUCUUAGUCAUUUCAUGGUCUGGUGUUGAUGCGGCCCUUGGGUGGGCUUAUGUAAUAUUGAGUAUGACGAUCUCUGAUCUCACCUCUCAGGAAGAGUGAGUUGAAGAUUGUUGAAACGAUUCUUUGAACAGAAGAAACAAGAAAGGAAAGGAAACGAGGAAAGAACUGCCUUGCGUACCAUACGGAGUACGUACGGGUGGACAAUAAAAAAGACGGGGAUAGAAUACUAUUGAUGAUGAUGAAUGUAUGAUAGAAUAGAUAAACCUAUCACAAAAUAUUUCGCUAUGAAAAUUUCUCAUAUUUUAUAUAUAUUACAGAAUACGCUCCCACCUCCGAGUUCCG